GGAGUAUUUACAAAUCUUCUUAAAAAUUUAUUUAAUACGUGGAAUAAUAGAAAAAUCAUUUAUUAAGAAAAAGGCAUAUUCAAAAAGAAAGAAAGAAAAUGGCACAUCCCCAAGCAUUGUAUGAUUUGAUGACAUCAUUAUAAGUCUGUAGCACUCUCAAGACGGAGGUCUAAACUCAUUUUAGUUAAGAAUGUUGAUAUUUAAUAGAGGUGUGAGUAUAUACAAAAUAAAAAAGACCCAUCAAAUAAUUGAGGGCUCCACAAAACUAAUGAAAAAAAGAAGACAAAAAAAAAAAAGAAUAAAAGGGAACGUGGUAGGCUAAGGAUGUUUUUAUUUGGAGUGAAUUUGCUGAUUUGAUCUAUUUAAGUCUGGUCUGAUCUGAUCUGAUCUGAUAAAGGUCUGGUCUCUGUGUAUUUUAUAAAUAUGAAAGUGUGGUAUGAUUUGGUCUGGUUUAAAUUAGUUUAGUCAGAUCUGAUCUCUAUAAAUCUGGUCUGUAUAAGGGGGUGUUUGGAACAGAUUCUGAUUCUGCUUCUUUUUUAAAGAAAAAGCAGAAUCAGAAUCAGUUUUCAGAAGCUGAUCACCCCCAGCUUCUAAAAAACUGAUUGUAGGAGUAAAUUAGAGCACCAGAAUCACUUCUGCACUUUUACCCAAACACUUCAACUUGUGCUUCUGCUCCCUGAAGGAGCAGAAACAUCUUUAAGAAUCAAAUCCAAACAUCCCUAAAUCUCGUCUCGGACCGAAAAAUCCAGUAAAAACAUCUUAACAAACAAAUAAAUAAAUAAAAAAGAGAAUGGGCAUAAAUCACUUGCUCCGUAUACGUCUUCGCAGAGAUUCGCAUAUGGGCAGCCUGACUAGACUAUUCUAACAUCCUAAAUUCAGCGUCCCAUCCCGCAUCCACUCCUUUAAAACUCGCAGUUUUCUUAAUAGAUCGAAACAUUCGUUCGGGAUUCUUGAUCGCUGCUUUGUACGGUCGAUCAUGGCUUCCAUAAUUAACAUUUCUUCCGCUUCAACUGCUCCUUCUCUACCACAAGCUUCCAGUACCUUCAAAUCAUUGAAUGCGUCCCAUUCACCUGGGAAGUCAUUUCUGGUUACUCUGAACCAUAGGGCACGAAUGAGCUUCAAGGGGGAAACCAGAAUCAGAUCUGCUUUGUCAUCUCGUGAAGCAAGUGUCAUAUUCCAGACCAUUUUGGCCAAACAUUCACGACUUUGUGACUUAUCACUUGGGGUCGCAACACGACCAGAUGUUGUAGGUUCUUUUGGAGCCCCUGUGGCAGACAUCAUCCCAACACCAAGUGGCUUUCCUUCUGAGGUUGCUGAGUUUGAUUUGGACUGGCCAAGCGAAGGGUUCUCGUCCAUCCCUGAUGCCAUUGAAGAUAUUCGUCAGGGAAAGAUGGUAUUGGUUGUAGAUGAUGAAAACCGAGAAAACGAAGGAGACCUGAUAAUAUCUGCAGAAAAAGUGACACCAGAAGCUAUGGCUUUCAUUGUGAAACAUGGAACUGGAAUUGUUUGUGUGAGUAUGAUGGCAAAAGACUUGGAGCGGUUGGAGAUUCCUUUGAUGGUAAAUCACAAGGAUAACGAGGAGAAACUUUCUACAGCAUUCACUGUUUCAGUGGAUGCCAAAUUUGGAACUACAACCGGUGUAUCAGCUAGUGAUAGGGCAAAAACGAUAUUGGCUCUUGCAUCCACAGGUUCUAAACCGCAGGAUUUUAAUCGACCUGGGCAUAUAUUUCCUUUGAAGUACCGGGAAGGAGGGGUUCUAAAACGAGCCGGUCAUACUGAAGCAUCGGUUGAUCUUGCCGUGCUAGCUGGGUUAGAACCAGUUGCAGUUUUAUGCGAGGUUGUGGACGAUGAUGGUUCCAUGGCUAGAUUACCUAAGCUUAUGCAAUUUGCUCAUGAUAAUAGCUUAAAGAUCAUAUCAAUUGCUGAUUUAAUCAGAUAUAGAAGGAAAAGAGACCAAUUGGUGGAACAUGCUUCUGCUGCAAAGAUACCUACCAAUUGGGGGCCUUUCAUUGCCCAUUGUUACAGAUCUGUCUUAGAUGGGAUCGAACAUAUCGCGAUGGUAAAGGGUGAGAUUGGGGACGGGGAAGAUAUUCUUGUUCGGGUGCAUUCUGAAUGCCUGACGGGAGACAUAUUUGGUUCAGCCAGAUGUGAUUGUGGGAAUCAAUUGGCACUUGCUAUGCAACAAAUUGAGGCUGCCGGUAGGGGUGUGUUAGUUUACCUUCGAGGUCAUGAAGGAAGAGGGAUCGGGUUGGGACAUAAACUUCGUGCUUACAAUCUUCAGGAUGAUGGGCGGGACACCGUUGAAGCCAAUGAGGAACUUGGCUUACCGGUUGAUUCACGAGAGUAUGGAAUAGGUGCACAGAUACUAAGGGAUCUUGGCGUGAAAACUAUGAAGUUGAUGACAAACAACCCGGCUAAAUACAGUGGAUUGAAAGGCUAUGGUUUGGCAGUUGCUGGAAGGGUACCUCUUGUGACCCCAAUAACAAAAGACAAUAAGAGAUACUUGGAAACAAAGCGUGCCAAAAUGGGACAUAUUUAUGGCAUGAACAUAAACAAUCUGCUCUGAGACUUAUGUGCAUGUGAAAAACGAACAAAAAUGAUUUUGGAAUUGGGAAUCGAACUCGCGAUGAAUGUCAAAGGAUGAAAAUAGUCUUGACUCUGGAGAUGGAUAGCUCCUUCAUUGGAACAAUUCAAGUUGGAAAAUGGAUGACGUUACGUUUAACAAGCAUGCAUGCUUGGAAUGAGAUAUGGAAUUGUUUGGUGUGCAACUGAUAUGAAAGAAGAAAAGAAACCUCAUAAUUGCUCAGAAUUACAAAAAUAUCGGAUGUAUAUCUUCACGUAGCGUAUAAUUUGCGAUAUAAGUUUAGCGGUGGGUUGUUUCUGAACAUUUUUUUUCUUUGGCUCAUUUAUCAAUGUUGAGCUUGAAUGUUUUGUUUUGAACCUAAAGAUAGGACUCACAAAAUUUUCCAACUAAUCAACGAGUUUUUUUUGUAUAAAUUAACAAGUUAAGUCUU